GUUUCAGCGUGAGAGCCAUCGGGUUCAUCAGUGGUUGGACUCAGCCAGGAGCCGCUUGAGUUACUGGGAGCAGGAGUCCGUCAGCCUGCCAUCGAGACUAGAGACCAGUGAGAACCAGCUCCAACGCUUCCUGGAAUUCUGGAAGGAGGUUGAUGGAAUGUCAUCUGUGAGGACAGCAGCAAUCAGCACAGGGAGCCAGCUGCUGGCUCUGAAGCAGGUUGAGGGCGGUGCCGUCCGAACUCAUUUGGCACAGCUCGAGCAGAAGUGGGCACAGCUUAUCGCCCAGUUCCCCGGCAUCCAGGAAAAACUGCAUCAGCUCCAGGUGGCUGUGUUACCCUCACGGAAGGCCAUCACACAGCUGACAGCAUGGAUCCAGGAUAUGUGGACAUUGAUGGAGAAGAAUGAGCCAGUGACCCACUCUCUGGAUAGCAGCACUCGGGUGAGGCUCCUGCUUCAGAAAUACAAG